CCUUAUGCAGGCACGAAUGUUGUAAGUCCUGUGUCCCUUGGAGAAAGGAAGGAGCACCUCCCUCCAGAGUAUUAGCAAGAGACAGAAGUGAUCCUACAAACUACCACUACCACCAUGAAGACAUCAAAUGCUCUUCUUUUCAUCUUAGUCCUGCUUUACAUCAAUGCCAGCACAGAAUGGCCUACGCACACAGUCUGCAAAGAGGACAACUUGGAAAUAUAUUACAAAAGCUGUGAUCCCCAGCAAGAUUUUGCUCUCAGUAUCGACCACUGUUCUGAUAUUGCAACCCACACCUUUAACAUCAGAGCUGCAAUGGUCCUAAGACACAGCAUCAAGGAACUCUAUGUCAAGCUGGACAUGAUCAUAAAUGGAAAGACUGUCUUAACCUACUCAGAAACACUUUGCGGACCGGGUCAUUCCAAGCUUGUUUUCUGUGGAAAGAAGAAAGGAGAACAUCUCUAUUAUGAAGGACCAGUCACAUUGGGAAUCAAAGAAAUCCCUCAGGGAGAUUACACUCUUUCAGCAAAGCUGACUAAUCAAGAUCACGUCACUGUCGCUUGUGCCGAUUUUACUGUGAAAAAUAAUUUAGACUAUUAUUAGCAAUUUCACGAAAGCUACAGACUACCAAAACUAUUCAAGUCAAGUAGGCUGCCUGCAUGCUGCCAUGAUUCUGAAGAAAAUAAUCCUCACAUGGUGAUUCUGAUGCUGUUCCUCUUCAUGAUUUGCUAUUUUCAAGAAGUUACUAGAUCUUCUAGUGGUAAUUUUAUCUCUAAAUGCACACUGUAGCCUACUUUUUUCUUCUAAUAUAUACAGCUGUAAGAAGAAAGUAUCCAAUACCAACACUCUCAUUUUAGGAUGAAAAUAGCAUGAGGCAGAACAGGCGAGAGCCUAAACACUUUUUUGCAGUAAGUUAUGGAGGUAUCCAUUUCUAACACAGGCUAGAAGAUGACUUUCACAUAUAUCACAUAUUACGCAGUUACAGAACUCAACAUCUUAAAUCUUCUCUGGAGCCUGUCUGGAGAUUCCACAAGCACAGCUUUUGUUAUAACCACAGAACUAAAGCAAAUAGGAUGAACAUGCCUUUUUUCCAAUGAUCGAUGUCCUGCCACUGGACUCAUAUCAUUCUAGUCUUCUAGAGUCUACCUGGAAUUUUUUGUUCUGUAAUGUCUUUUAGGUGAUCUGUGAAUCACUCUGUACCUAGGCUAUGUGCUCUUCUUGCUUCUCAAUAAAUUCAU